GGGGAGAGAACGUCAUAAUUGCGCGUCAAACUCGAGGUUUUUUACUUUUUCGGAGACGACGCUUGUCUGGUAGGAAGGUUAUGCGGUGGAAGUGGAAUUAAAGGCAGCGGUUGGUAGCUGUAAAGAGUGUGUUAUGGCAGGGCCGCUGAGAUGGCUCCGGCAGCUGCCUCCCCUCCUUCAUUACUCUGCCUUGGGAAUGGCAAGGUCUUCGCUGCAGGCUGCUCAGAAUAUGCGGGGCCCUGUGCUGAAUGACUGUAGUCAAAAUAAGACCUGGCAGAUGCUGCAGGCCAGGCACCUCGCUGCCAAAAAAACCAAAGUGAAAGGGAAAGGCCAGGCUCGAGUGAAUAUCAACACUGCUUUAGUGGAAGACAUCAUCAACUUAGAAGAAGUCAACGAGGAAAUGCAAGCGGUGGUUGAAGCCCUGAAAGAGGAAUUUGGCAAAAAUGUGAGCAUAAGAACUUCCCCAGGGGCUCUCGAUCACAUCGUUGUCACAACCGAAGACGGGAAGUUUCCUUUAAACCAGCUUGGACAAGUGUCCCUGAAGCCUCCCCAGCUCAUCCUGGUCAACAUGAGCAACUUCCCAGAAAGCACAGCUGCAGCUAUCAAGGCCAUCCGAGAAAGUGGAAUGGACCUGAACCCGGAAGCCGAUGGGCCGAUAAUUCGAGUGCCCAUUCCUAAAGUCACCCGGGAGCACAGGGAGAAGCUGACCACGCUUGCCAAACAGCUCACCCACAAGGCUAAGGAGUCCUUGCGGAAAGUUCGUGUGAAGGCAAUCAACCAGACCAAGAAGGCCAAGAGCACUGUGUCAGAAGACACCAUUAAGUUGAUUGAAAAACAGAUCCAGCAAAUGACAGACGACACAUCCGAUGAGAUGGACAGGCUGCUGGCGGCAAAGACCAAGGACUUGCUCGGGUAGCACGUGCCAGAAUGGCAAGCGACUGGGAGCCAGAAAUCACCACGGACUUCCUCCUUCACUGCUGGAUCGCCAUUUUUGAGCCCCAAGCAGCCAGCUCGCGCUUUCAUCCAGCCCAAGUGAAACUCUACAGAUCAAGGCUUGACAUUGGAGGAGCUUCUGUCUUCCCCCCGAGCUUUGGCAUUAGGCAGCAACUCUCUAAGGUGGCCGAUGACUUGUUCAAAGCAGAAUGCAUCUUGGCCUCCUGCUGCAAUCCCAGGAGCUCCUGGGUCCUAGCGCUAAGGCUCUGUUUCACCAGGUCAUCACUGGAGUUAUGGGAAGGUGCAGCCAUGCAGAAGACCAGAUAUUGGAUGGGGGCUACUUAGGCUUGCCCAGUAGAGGCUCAAACUAACAGUGCUUGCAGUGGUAGUGAGGCUGCCUUCUGGAGUCACCGCCCACUCUUUUUGGCCUUGCUGGCAAAUUUUUCUGGGUUCAGUGCAGGGGCAAGAAGGCAGCUCAGCUCACUGGCUGCUGCAUGAGCCUGCCAGGAAUCUCACACAUGAAAUAAAAUCUGAUGGGAGCUGUGAAGCCUCAGGAUGCCCCAGUGACUCCUCUGAACCUGUCAGGAAUUGUCACAUGCAGAGAAAUUAAAGUUCAAGUACUGGGGAUUGAAUGUGA